CGCAUACGAGUAACACAAAAUUUGCAUUCAAUGAUAUUGCACAAUUGGUGAAACUUGAUUUCUGUGUCGAAACUUACCACAUCAAAGUCUUACCUGACUGCAGCAAAACAUUUUGACRAGAACAAAAGCUACCAACGAAGAAUGUGGACUAGCGAACAAACGCAGCAGCAGCUAAGACGGGCCGUCAAAGAAUCGCAGGAAGCGGAUCAARGCUCUCUUGCUCUGUCGUCUUCAAACCCAUACGACGAGGAAAAAGGGCCAUCRUCCCUCAACCGAGAUGAAAGAGGCUACGUCGAUGCAUUGGGAAAUCCCAAUUCCAUGUACAAUUUCAACAAUGRCACCGUAGAUCCGAAUUCAAUCGAAGCAGAGGAGUUACGGAAUAUAGAACAUGCCCUGGCCCAUCAACAACGGGUUCGCAACAACAAACGCCUGGAACUCAGUACCGACUUUUUGGCCGAUCUGAGUUUCUUUUUCGGUUCCACCAUGUACCUUUGGUUGGCAGUAAGCCAGUCGAAGGACGUCCUUUUUUCUGAGGACACAAUAGGAGAUGACAGCGGGAGUGGCGACAAAGGAUUGUUCCUGGACGACCAGGUCUUGUUUUCGUUCCGUGGUGGCGAGUCGAAGGUCACUCUGUACAUUUUGUAUGGAUUUUCCUCGGGACUGCUCAUGUUUGCGUCGGGAUUUCUUCGCCUAUUUACCACURCCUUCAGCCCCACCGACAAGAUUCCCUGCGUGAUGAUGUUGUUAGCGGCGUUCUUYGCCAUGGUUUCGAGCGCACUCAUGGUGAGCCAGCCGGUCUGGUCCAACAGGUGCUACAGCAUCGCUAUUCACUUGUUUGCACUGCAGGCAGCCACUCUGCUGCUGUGGCGGACGACAUCCCCGGGGGGUCUAGCGGGAGUUCCAUGGACACGCCUCGUCGGCGACUGUUUGUUUUUCAUAGCGACUCUUGGUGGAAUCGCUCUGAGUUAUCUUUACGUCUUUGAGGCUACCGAUCGGCUUCCCUUUGCCUCUGAGUAUCUGGUUGUUUUUUCYUACAGCGUUUGGUGGGUGUCCUCUGUCGUCUACUUGUCUCAAACAACGUGCCUCCUAAUCCGCCGUGAAAAACAACAAAAGGCGUCCCGUGGCACCCAAAUACGAUGCGGUUGCUGCCACCGGCGACGCGAUGCCGAGGAAGGUGGUGACGAGGGAARCCUACAAAAGUCACUUCCUCAGGAGGAUACCCAGAGUACCAACGAAGACGGCAACGAAGUGGAAGAACAUUAUCAAAGACACUCCAAUGGCCACCAAAGAAUUGGGAACGAAAAURUUGGUGCCCCUGAUGAUGAACAAAGUGUUAUGAGUCUGUGGACCGCCGGACCAGGACCUGAGAACAAGGAGCAAAUUGCUUCGAGCAGCCUGGACAAUAUUUUUGGCAGGUCUACGUAGCAAUGCAGCUGUAAGUAUAUCCGAGAGKGAAACAACAGGCUUGCACAAUUCCUUUUUCCUGCCAGGUUCCGAAUAAUUGGGGUUUAGUUGGUUUUGGUCCCCCACCCUUGCUUCGUUCAUAGUUAUUCUCUACCAACACUUUUCCAYGCAAAACAAUGACUAAGACGCCUCUGGUAUCCAUGUUUUUUUUUCAGCCAUAUACUCAUUCGGCCACUGGACGCACUGUACUUCUAUAUCUCUAACAAAACCUAAAAAAUUAACAGAACAAUGUUUGACUUGACUAUACCGAACGAGAUGUUUAAGACAUAUAAUCCUUUCGUCAGCAUCAACCUAAUUCCAAAAUAAUGUAUGGAAGGCUUGUCUUUUUAAACCUCUGGGAAGAAUCAAUAAUAACRAGUGAUCUGA